AUGUCCGACGACGAGAGCGCGCCCAGUUUCCUCGAAGACGUCAGGGUGAAGUUUGUGGAGGAGAAAGUUUGUGUUGUCCUGCGGCUGCAGCGUCACACAUGGCAGAAGACAGCUGUCAACGAAGACUUUCAGACUCUGCUCGCACACUUCUUCGAAAAGGAGCCUGUUAUAUUUUUCUCCUCGGCGAAAAAAGGUGGCCUGGUUGCUUCUAAAGAGGCCCUGUCUGAUGGCCAGAACAAGAAGAUCUAUUUCCUGAAGAAGAGAUGUGACCCUGUCAGCUGUGAGAACUACAGGGAGCUCCUGCUGUUCGGCCUCCUGUCUCCAUCUCCACUUCUGCAGCUGUCAACCAUAGUCGAGCAGGUAUGCGUCCCUCUGCUGUCAAACAAAAAUAACCAUCAGAAGUGGCCAAAGGUGAUGUCUGAAGAUAUCAUUCGACAUGUGGAGAGCAUGUGCAGCACGAUAUCAGUUGUACGAGGACAGGUCUUAGGGAAAACCGUCCUCCCUGUCCCAACCGCAAAAGACUGGAUGGAAGAUUCAAACAGAACCAUCAAAAUGUUUACCUAUGACCGGGCAGUGGCCCACACCUUAGAGACCCAUGUCAUCAACUGGAGCAAUCUAAUCCAGAAAAUUUUAAAGGAGGAUUCAUCAGAUCUACUCAGGACAGGCAGUAAUCCAGGGCCCAGUGCAGAGCUGAAGUUUUGGGCAUCCAGGGAGAGCAAUGUACAGAAUAUCUAUCAUCAGCUUCAGAGCCCCAUUGUUCAAAAGAUGGCAAAGGUGUUAGAGAUGAUGGACAGCAGCUAUCAUCCAGCAAUCAACAUUCUAGUUGGAAAUGUAUCUGAUGCUCUACGAGAAGCACAGGACAUUAACCUCUAUAUCCAGCCACUACAUGCACAUCUCUCUCAGCUGGAAAAGGAAGGAUUUCCUCACCUGAAAAAAUCCAUCCCUGCACUGUUUCACACACUUUUUCUGAUCUGGACCAACUGCCAGUCUUAUCAAAGGCCGAAACGCAUUGUGGUGUUGCUGCAGGAACUCUGCAAUCUACUUAUUGAACUGGCGUCCACAUACCUCUCAGCAGAUCUGCUACUCAGAGAGGACCCAUUGGAAAGCCUGCAGAUGGUAAAGAGAGUAAUAUUAGUCUUCAGGUGUUUCAGAGACAGUUACCAGACCCAGAGGGAGAGGUUGACCAACCAUGUCAAACAUGCACCCUGGGAUUUCCCAUCUGCCAUGAUUUUUGCACGUUUCAACCAGUUCCUUGAUCGUAUGCUACAGCUGGAGGGCUUGUUUGAAAUCACGCUGGACUUUCAGAGGAUGGAAAAGCUGGAAUUUGGUGGACUUCAGGGAAAACUCUACAGUGAGCAGGUCGCUCAGAUGUAUAAAGACUUCUGUAAUCGCUGCCAAAUGUUGAAGCACAGUGAAAACAGCCCAUUCGACUUAAACUCUCAGGGUUUUGAACACGAGUACAAGGAUUUCAAAGAGUGGAUAGUGAACUUUGAAUGCCACCUUGCCAGCCUUCUAUGUUUGGCUUUUAAGGAUUGUUCGGGACUGGAAUCAGCCUCCAAACUCCUGACUGUUAUUGGACCAUUUCUGGUGAGAAAACAAGUUAGACAGAUAUUCAGCCCUAACUUCCUCGUGCUGCAGCAAUAUUUCAGAGAAGAGCUGGAGAAAUGUAAAUGGCUUUUUAAAUCCCAGAUCAAUCAGGUAGAAAGUGGUCUGACCAAGAACAUGACUCACACAUCCGAAGCUUUGAAGUGGGCCAAAAUGCUCAGAGAACGUAUUCAAACACCAUGGGAAAAAAUCAGAUCGCUAUUUGAUAUGUUAAUGGUGAGCGUGGAGAUGGUGAACGAGAACAACAUGUACAUGGAGAUGUUGCGUCUCCUGGACCAUUAUGAGGAGGGCCUCUACUCUGACUGGUGUGAUGGUUUGGAACAGACCUGCUUGAUGAACCUGAACCAGCCCCUUCUCUCCAGAAAUGCCUCAUCUGGCCUGGUCUCAGUCAACUUCAAUCCAAAGCUGACUGAAGUCUUGAAAGAUGUGAAAUAUAUUCAGAGUCUCAGUAAGAUCCAAAUCCCUGCAGCUGCAACGACUGUUUUUGAUAAGCGUGACAUGUUAACAAAGUAUGUGAGCAGUCUGCAGCUGUUAGUACAAUGGUACAACAACCUCAAGCAGACUGUGCUAGAGGUCGAGCUUCCCCUAGUUCGUGCUGAGCUGGAAUCCGUAGACCUGCAGCUGACAAGAGCGGAGAGUGACCUGACGUGGCAGGACCUGGACUGCGGGAGCUUCAUCAGCACGACCAAAGACCUGGUCCAAGACCUUGUAUGUCGAGUCAGCAGAGCAAAGGAGAACUGUGAAGCCAUUCAGUCACUGAUGAAAGGAUGGGGUAAACAAGCCAUGUUUCACAGGAAAGACAACAAGAGAGGUUCACUCAUACAGUUGGAGGAUAGAGGAGAGUGGGUCAACAGAAAGUACAGCGGCAUGAAGAAGGAUGGAGAUUCAAUCCACAUGCUGGUGCAGGAAAAUAUGGUUCUUUUCCAUGCUGACCCUGCUUCAGAAGUGUGGCAGUCGUACCUGGAGUACGUGGAUGAGAUGGUGGUUGAGGGGCUCUUCAGCUACAUCAGCCUCUCUCUUCAGUUCUUUGUGGACAACAUGGAGUCGUGGCCAAAACUGGCGCCUCUGUUCGCGUCUCAGUUGAUGCUGAGUGGCUCAGAAUUGGUCUUCCUCCCCUCACUGGAGCGAGAUGCAGGGGACGGCCUCUAUGAGCUGAUAGAGGGACUGGUAGGAGACAUAUUCAAGACAUCCGUGAAUAUCAAUAGAGUGGCUGCUCAUCUGAGCACGGAGACCUACCAGGAUGUAAUGGAUGACAUGCUAGAUUUGUUGCACCUGAGGCAUGAAAUAAUGGAGCGAGUGGAGAGCGUCCUGAAGAAAGCAAUGAAUUACCAGCGAAAGUUUGACUGCUACACUCAUCUGUGGCAAGAUGACAGGGCUGAGUUUCUCAGCCAGUUUCUCCUGUAUGGACGUGCACUCACAGCUGAGGAGCUGGAGGCUCACAGAGCAGAAGUACUCCCAGAGCGUCCGCCUACGAUUGAUAACUUCAAAGAGCAGAUAGAUUAUUUUGAGGAUCUCUAUACUGAAAUUUCCAAGCUGGAAGAUUUCAGAGUUUUCAACGGAUGGUUUAGGGUGGACAUCAAGUUUUUCAAAGUCAGCCUCCUUAACAUUGUGAUGAAGUGGAGCUGGCUUUUCAAAGAGCACCUCCUGACAUUUGUGACAAACAGUCUCGAUGAGCUGCAGAUGUUUGUCCGAGCCACCGUUGAAGGGCUGAACCAUCCUGUAGCUGAAGGAGACCAGCAUAACUUGACAGAAGUUAUGAGUCACCUGCUGGCUGUGAGAGACAGACAAACAGCCACAGACAAGAUGUUUGAGCCUCUUAGAGACACGAUAAUCCUCCUGGAACGAUACGGAGUGACCAUACCAGACCAGGUCUUCUCUCAGAUGGAGGAACUCCCUGAGAAAUGGUGUUCAGCUAAAAAACUGGCCUUAAAAGUGAGACAUGAAGUGGCACCCAUGCAGAAUACAGAGGUGAUGGUGUUACGGAGACGAUGCAUGGCGUUCGAGGUCAAACAAACCAAAUUCCGGGAGAUGUUCGGAGCAACUGCACCCUUCACUUACAAUGCACUGCAUCCCUACAUCAGUCUGGAGAAAUCAGAAAAAGCAAUUCAAAACAUGGAGAAAGAAGUAGCUGAACUUCAGGAGUCCACAAAUCUGUUUGAUGUUACUAUUCCUGAGUACAGAGACAUCAAGCUCUGCAGAAAAGAGAUCACCAUCCUCAAAGAACUGUGGGACAUUGUUGUAUUCGUGCAGAGCAGUGUGAAAAACUGGACAAUGACCAAAUGGAGGCAGAUAAACGUGGACCAGAUGGAUGCAGAAUUGGGGAGGUUUGCCAAGGACAUGCGGAAGCUUGACAAGGAGGCUCGUGUGUGGGAUGUGUAUUCCGGGUUGGACCUUUAUGUAAAGAACCUGUUGACAUCACUACGGGCCGUGAGUCAUCUUCAGAACCUGGCAAUACGAGAGCGCCACUGGGCGCAGCUUGUUAGAACCACACAGAUGGACAUCACUGUUACUGACACUACCACCUUGGACGACCUCUUGGCCCUGAAGCUCCAUUUGUUCGAAGAUGAAGUUCGCAACAUAGUGGAUAAGGCGGUCAAAGAAAUGACCACAGAGAAGGUUGUAACAGAAAUUAGUGAAACCUGGGCAUCAAUGGAGCUUUCAUAUGAAGACCAUUACCAGACCUCUGUGCCUCUUCUUAAAUGUGAUGAGGAUCUUAUUGAAGCUCUUGAGGAUCAUCAGGUUCAGCUCCAGGGCAUCUCGCAGAGCAAACACAUAAAUCACUUCCUGAUCCAGGUGCUGGAACUACAGAAGCAGCUCUCUGUGGCUGACUCGGUGCUGAUGGUCUGGAUGGAGGUGCAAAGGACAUGGGCCUACCUGGAAAGCAUCUUUAAAGGCUGUGAUGAUAUCUGCCAACAGCUGCCUGCAGACGCACACAGGUUCCAAGCUAUAGACGGAGAAUUCAAAGAACUAAUGUUGGACAGUGCCAAGACCAAAAAUGUCAUAGAGGCCACCAACAAACCUCAUCUAUUUGAGAAGUUAGAAGAUCUACAAAAAAGGCUGGCUCUGUGUGAAAAAGCUCUUGCUGAAUACCUGGAGACAAAGAGACUUGCGUUUCCACGAUUCUACUUUAUUUCAUCUGCAGAUUUGUUGGACAUCCUUUCUAAAGGGAGUCGCCCCAAACAGGUAACCAUCCACCUCUCAAAACUGUUUGACAACUUGUCAGAUCUCGAGUUUGCAGAAAAUGAUCGGGUGGACAAUCCUAAACUUGCGGUGGGCAUGUACAGCAAAGAGAGGGAACAUGUCCCGUUCCAGACUGAAUGUUGCUGUUAUGGCCCAGUGGAGGCAUGGCUGGCGUGUCUUGAAGAGUCUAUGAAGGAGUGUGUCAGGGGUCACUUAUCUGAGGCUGUGUCCACGUACGAGGACAAGCUCAGAGACCAGUGGAUUCUUGACUUCCCCGCCCAAGUGGCUCUGACUGGAUCUCAGAUCUGGUGGAGCAAUGAUAUGGAGCUUGUAUUUAAAAGACUGGAGGAAGGUUUUGAAUCUGCACUAAAAGACUGCAACAAGAAGCAGAUUUCUCAACUCAACUCAUUGAUCAGCAUGCUACUGGGAGAGCUGAGCCCGGGCGACAGACAGAAGAUCAUGACUAUAUGCACGAUUGACGUCCAUGCUAGAGACGUUGUUACAAGCCUCAUUGCCCAAAAGGUCACCACCUCACAAGCCUUCCAGUGGCUCUCCCAGCUCCGACAUUGCUGGAAUGAGCAGCAGUGCCACUGCUAUGUUAACAUCUGUGAUGCUCAGUUCCUUUACUCUUAUGAGUACCUGGGAAAUACUCCACGUCUAGUCAUCACCCCCCUCACAGACCGCUGCUACAUUACAUUGACUCAGUCACUCCACUUGACUAUGAGUGGAGCCCCAGCAGGUCCUGCUGGAACCGGGAAGACUGAGACCACUAAGGAUCUUGGGAGAGCCAUGGGCAUCAUGGUGUACAUCUUCAACUGUUCUGAACAGAUGGACUAUAAGUCAAUCGGAAAUAUCUACAAGGGUCUGGCUCAGACUGGAGCAUGGGGCUGCUUUGAUGAGUUCAAUCGUAUCGCUGUGGAUGUUCUGUCAGUUGUAGCAGUGCAAGUCAAAACAAUACAGGACGCUGUUCGCUCUAAAAAGAAAAGGUUCUUUUUCCUUGACAAGGAAAUUGUCUUAAAUCCCUCUGUGGGGAUUUUUAUCACGAUGAACCCUGGGUAUGCAGGAAGGACAGAGCUACCUGAGAACCUCAAGGCUCUUUUCAGACCCUGUGCCAUGGUGGUGCCUGACACUGAGCUUAUUUGUGAGAUAAUGUUGGUGGCAGAGGGCUUCCGAGGUGCUAAGCUUCUAGCCAGGAAGUUUAUCAGCCUGUAUACUCUCUGUAAAGAGCUGCUCUCCAAGCAGGACCACUAUGAUUGGGGUUUGCGUGCCGUCAAGUCUGUUCUGCUUGUGGCAGGGACACUGAGAAGAAGAGACAAGACAAGACCAGAGGAUCAGGUGCUGAUGCGUGCUCUGAGGGACUUCAACAUGCCGAAAAUUGUGACGGAGGACGUGACCAUCUUCUUGGGACUGCUGGGAGACCUGUUCCCAGGCCUAGAGGUGGAGAGAGAGAGGAGCUGUGAAUUUGAAAAGGCAAUCCGGAAGACCACACUGGAGCUCCGACUUCAGCCUGAGGAGACAUUCAUCCUUAAGGUGGUGCAGUUGGAGGAACUCAUGUCCGUGCGUCAUUCCGUCUUUGUUGUUGGAAAUGCAGGAACUGGGAAAAGCCAGAUAUUGAGAGUUCUCCAUAAAACCUAUGUAAACUUGAAGAGGAGGCCUGUUUGGAAUGACCUCAAUCCGAAGGCAGUAGACAGAGAUGAAUUGUUUGGCUUCAUCCAUCCUGCAACUCGAGAGUGGAAAGAUGGUUUGCUUUCAUCACUGAUGCGAGAGCAGGCAAACAUCUCCCACCGAGGGCCUAAGUGGAUUGUGUUGGAUGGAGACAUUGAUCCGAUGUGGAUUGAAUCACUCAACACGGUGAUGGAUGACAACAAGGUCCUGACUCUGGCCAGUAAUGAACGUGUGCCACUUACCACGUCCAUGAGACUGGUGUUUGAGAUCAGUCACCUAAGAACAGCCACUCCUGCCACCGUGUCCAGAGCAGGAAUCCUUUAUGUGAACCAGCAGGACCUGGGCUGGAAUCCGUAUGUUGCCAGCUGGAUUGACCAACGUGAACGGCAGACAGAAAGGGCUCACCUCACCAUACUCUUUGAAAAAUAUGUUCCUCGUUGUCUAGAAAAAAUGAGAAACACCUUUAAGACCAUCACUCCCAUCCCAGAGAACUCGAUGGUGCAGACACUCUGCGCUUUGCUUGACUGCCUUCUAACACCAGGAAAUAUUCCAUCAGACUCUCCACGUGAGCUCUAUGAGACCUACUUCACCUUUGCCUGCAUCUGGGCUUUUGGUGGGGCCAUGUAUCAAGAUCAGCUCUGUGAUUAUCGGGUCGAGUUCAGUCAGUGGUGGACCAAAGAAAUGAAGACGGUGAAGCUGCCGGCACAAGGGACGGUGUUUGACUACUACCUUGACCCUCUAACCAGACGCUUCCUACCCUGGACUGAUACUGUACCGCCGUUUGAAAUGGAAACUUGUACGCCAUUACAGGCUGUUCUGGUACACACAGCAGAGACUGUGCGACUCCGCUACUUCAUGAACUUGUUGCUGGAGAGGAGACAGCCGCUGAUGCUUGUGGGGAAUGCAGGAGUGGGGAAGACUGCAGUUGUCAGGAACAAGUUAGACUGUCUGCCCGAGAAUUACAUGACCACAAAUGUACCUUUCAACUACUACACAACUUCCCUCAUGCUGCAGGGGAUCUUGGAGCAACCGUUAGAGAAAAGAGCAGGUAGACGUUACUCCCCCGUAGGCAACAGAAGGCUGAUAUAUUUUAUAGAUGACAUGAACAUGCCAGCUGUUGACAGUUAUGGAACAGUGCAGCCUCAUACACUUAUACGACAACAUCUGGAUUAUGGGCACUGGUAUGACAGACAAAAACUGACCCUAAAAGAAAUACACAACACCCAGUAUGUUGCCUGUAUGAAUCCAACCGCUGGGAGCUUCAAAAUCAACCCCAGACUACAGAGACAUUUCUCAGUGUUUGCAGUGAACUUCCCUUCAGCUGAAACUCAGAUGUCGAUCUUCAGUCAGAUCCUCUGCAGCCACCUGAACCAGCAGCUUUUCAAUCCGCUGGUUCAGAAGACCGCCCCGACUGUGGUCCAAGCUGCCAUAACUCUUCAUCACAGGAUGGUUCACGGCUUUCUGCCCACAGCAAUCAAAUUUCACUACACAUUUAAUCUACGAGAUUUGUCCAAUGUCUUUCAGGGAAUUCUCUUCGCUGGACCUGAAUGUGUGAAGGACAGCACUGACCUGGCUCUGCUGUGGCUUCACGAGUCCUGCAGGGUGUACUCGGACAGACUCGUAGAUGACAGGGACCUGCGGCUCUUCAGGAAGCUCCAGAUGGAGACUGUGCAUGAAUACUUUGAGGGACUGGACGUCAAGAAGGUGACAAAGGAGCCUCUCCUGUAUUGCCACUUUCAUCAGAAGAGUGAAGAACCCUCGUAUGCUCCUGUUACAGACUGGUCUGUGCUCAGGACCGUCCUCACUGAUGCACUGGAGAACUACAAUGAGCUUAAUGCAGCAAUGAAUCUGGUGCUGUUUGAAGAUGCAAUACAACAUGUCUGUCGCAUCAGUCGCAUCCUGGAGUCUCCAAGGGGUCACGGCUUACUGGUCGGGGUCGGGGGCAGUGGGAAGCAGAGCUUGACUCGUCUGGCUGCCUACAUGUCCUCUGUGGACGUCUUCCAAAUCACUCUCAGUAAAGGUUAUAGCAUCCAGCACCUCAAGAUGGAUCUGGCAAGUUUGUUCCUGAAGACCGGAGUGAAGAACCAGCGUGUGGCUUUGCUCCUGACUGAUGCACAGAUUCCUGAUGAGCGGUUCCUGGUCAUCAUUAAUGACUUACUGGCAUCAGGAGAAAUCCCCGAGCUCUUCAGCGAGGAGGAGAUUGAAAGUAUUGUGUUGGGUGUGAGAGCGGAAGUCCGAGCCCUUGGAGUGCUGGACAACAGAGAGAACUGCUGGAGGUUCUUUACUGAUCGAGUCCGACUACAGCUCAAGGUGGUAUUGUGUUUGUCUCCCGUCGGCAAUGUCCUUCGCGUUAGAGCCCGUCGAUUCCCGGCCCUCGUCCAAUGCACCACCAUCGACUGGUUCCACCCUUGGACCACUGAUGCUCUGCAGUCGGUCAGCCACAGGUUCAUCCAAGAGAUCGAAGGCAUUGAGCCUGCCGUCCAGGAAUCCAUCAGUCUUUUCAUGGCCUACGUUCACACUAGUGUCAACCAGGCAAGUGAAAAAUACCAGCGCAAUGAGAAGAGGUACAAUUACACCACCCCCAAGAGUUUUCUCCAGCAAAUCACCCUGUACAGAAACCUUCUGGAGAAGAGCCGUGCUCAGCUCCAGCACAAGAUGAACCGGCUUGACAGCGGCCUUCAAAAACUCCAAACCACUGCUGCUCAGGUUGAGGAUCUUCAAGCAAAACUGGCGUCACAAGAAGCCGAAUUGACCUUAAAGAACCAGAAUAUUGAAGCUCUAAUUACAAAGAUCGGACUGCAAACUGAGAGGGUUAGAAACAAAAGAGAGGCUGCAGAUGUCGAGGCACAGAAGGUUGCUGUAAUCCAAGCAGAAGUAUCAGUCAAACAGAAAGAUUGUGAAAACGACCUCGCCAAAGCAGAGCCGUCACUGACGGCAGCCACAGCAGCACUGGACACCCUCAACAAGAUGAAUAUCACUGAGCUGAAGGCCUUUCCAAACCCUUCAGGGGCAGUGAUCAAUGUGGCAGCAGCUGUGAUGGUGCUGCUGGCCCCCCGCGGUCGAGUGCCUAAGGAUCGGAGCUGGAAGGCGGCGCGGGCCUUCAUGGGCAAGGUGGAUGAUUUCCUACAGGCCUUAGUGUCAUAUGACAAGGAGCACAUCCCUGAGUCCUGUUUGACUGUGGUGAAACAAGAGUAUCUGAGAAAACCUGAAUUUAACCCUGAUCUAGUUCGGACCAAAUCCACAGCUGCAGCUGGUCUCUGUGCCUGGACUAUUAACAUUGUCAAAUACUAUGAGAUUUAUUGCGAGGUCAUUCCAAAGAGACAUGCAUUAUCACAAGCUAAUGCAGAGCUAGAAACAGCAACAACCAAACUGUUGUCGGUUCAAAAGAAACUGGCAGAUCUUGAUGCCAACGUCCAGAGCCUAACAGCACAGUUUGAAAGGGCUACAGCUGAGAAAAUCAGUUGUCAGGAGGAGGUGGCGCGCACCAACCAGACCAUAGAGCUCGCCAAUCGACUAGUCAAGGGCUUAGAGUCAGAGAGGGAGCGAUGGUCCCAAGCAAUUGUUCAGUAUGAAAAGCAACAGAAAACCCUGUGUGGUGAUGUCCUGCUCACUUCAGCAUUCGUGUCUUACAUGGGAUAUUUUACCAGGCAGUAUCGUGUGGAGCUUCUGAACAAUUCAUGGAUCCCUUUCCUUCAGUCUCAAAAGGUCUCCGCACCCCUGACAGACGGCCUGGAUCCCAUCCUCAUGCUUACAGAUGAUGCCACCGUGGCUGCCUGGCAAAACCAGGGCCUGCCAAACGAUCGGAUGUCCACCGAGAACGCUGCCAUCCUGACCACCAGUGAGCGUUGGCCACUCAUCAUUGACCCACAGCAGCAGGGCAUCAAGUGGAUCAGAAAGCGGCUAGGGUCAGAGCUGAGGGUGGUGCAGCUAGGACAGAAGGGAUAUAUAGAUGUGAUAGAACAAGCCCUGACUUGUGGUGAAACAGUUCUGAUAGAGAAUCUACCAGAAAAGGUAGAUCCCAUCCUGGAGCCGCUGCUGGGCAGAAACACGAUCAAAAGAGGAAGGUACAUUCAAAUUGGGGGAAAGUUGUGUGAAUACAACAAUAACUUCCAGCUCAUACUGCACACCAAGUUGGCCAAUCCGCAUUUUCCACCUGAGCUCCAAGCCCAGACCACCCUCAUUAACUUCACAGUGACCCCUGUAGGCUUGGAGGAACAGCUGCUGGGACAGGUAGUGUCCCAGGAAAGGCCCGACCUGGAGGCCCUAAAGAUGGAGCUGACCACACAACAGAACCACUUCAAGAUUGAGCUGAAGAGGUUGGAGGACGACCUGUUGAGUCGCCUCUCUGCGGCCUGUGGUAAUUUCCUGGGCGAUAUUUCUCUCGUGGAGCAACUUGAGAACACCAAGACCACAGCCGCUCACAUUCAGUACAAGGUGGUGGAGGCCAGAGAGAACGAGACAAAGAUCAACGAGGCUCGAGAACUAUACCGCCCAGCAGCUGAGAGAGCGUCACUCCUCUUCUUCAUCAUCAGUGACCUCAGCAAGAUUAACCCCAUGUACCAGUAUUCUCUCAAGACCUUUAACUCGGUGUUUAACAAAGCGAUGGAGCGUGCAGAAUGGGACGAGGAUGUGAGGACCAGAGUGCACACCCUCACAGAGGCCAUCACCUAUUAUGUAUUCCUGUACACCUGCCAGGGCCUGUUUGAGAGAGACAAGUUAACCUUCUUGUCACACACCGCCUUCCAGAUUCUACUCAAACAGGACCUGAUUGAUGCUGAGGAAUUUGACUUCCUGCUGCGUUUUCCUGUGGAAGCGAGCAAACAUAGUCCCGUGUCCUUCCUCUCUCCACAUAGCUGGGGAGCCAUCAAGACAAUAUCUACGAUGGAGAACUUCAGUGGACUGGACAGAGACAUGGAGAGUUCACCGAAGCGCUGGAGGAAGGUUGUAGAAUCCAGUUGUCCUGAAAAGGAAAGACUUCCCCAGGACUGGAAGAACAAGAGCUUCCUGCAGAAGCUCAUUAUCCUCAGAGCGCUUCGCCCUGACAGGAUGACCUAUACUCUGAGGAACUUUGUGGAGGAGAACAUGGGAACAAAAUACGUGGAUGCUGCCCGAGUGGAAUUUGAAAAGUUGUUUGAGGAAAGUGGCCCUUCCACCCCCGUGUUCUUUAUCCUCUCACCUGGAGUGGAUCCACUGAAAGAUGUGGAGAAACUAGGUUUGAAGCUGGGGUUUUCCAUCGACCAGGGCACUUUGCACAAUGUGUCUCUGGGACAGGGGCAGGAAGAGGUGGCGGAGCGGGCUCUGAGGAACGCUUCUAAACUGGGCCACUGGGUCAUUCUGCAGAACGUACACCUCGUGGCUUGCUGGCUGCCCUCUCUAGAUUCUCUUCUGGAGACAGCAGCAGUCGACAGUCACCCCAACUACAGAGUUUUCAUCACCGGGGAACCAGCGUCAAGUCCUGAGAAGCACGUGAUCCCUAGAGGAAUACUGGAGAACUCCAUCAAAAUCACCAAUGAGCCACCCACCGGCAUGAACGCCAGUCUGCACGCGGCCCUAAACAACUUCAGUCAAGACACUUUGGAUCUGUGUUCCAGGGAACAGGAGUUCAACUCAAUGUUUUUCUCCCUCUGCUUUUUUCACGCUUGUGUCACAGAGCGCCGUAAAUUUGGUUCCCAAGGGUGGAACCAUAACUACCCAAUCAGCACAGGAGACCUCACCAUCUCAGCAAACAUCUUGUACAACUACUUAGAAGCCAACAGCAAAUCCAUGCAGGUGCCGUGGGAGGACUUGUGUUUCCUGUUUGGAGAGAUCAUGUAUGGAGGACACAUCACCGACGACUGGGACAGAAGACUGUGUAAAACCUACCUGAAAGAAUUCAUGCAUCCCAAAAUGUUCGAAGGGGAGCUCUUUCUGUGUCCUGGGUUCUUGGCCCCUCCGUUCACGGACUACAGUGGUUACCACAGUUACAUUGACGAGCAUCUUCCCUCUGAGAAUCCCACUCUGUACGGGCUCCAUCCAAACGCUGAGCUGGACUGCCUGACUGUCACCUCAGACAACCUCCUCAGGACUCUGCUGGAACUGCAGCCGCAGGACUCCUCCAGAGGAGAGGGGGCGGCUCAGAGCUCAGAGGAGAGGGUCAAGUCUGUCAUCGAAGACAUUCUGGAGAGGCUUCCAGAGGAGUACAAUAUGGGAGAGAUGCUCACAAAGGCGACAGAGCGAAGCCCCUAUGUUUUAGUGUGUCUCCAGGAGUGUGAAAGAAUGAAUCUCCUGCUCGCAGAAAUGAGGAAGUCCCUCAAUGAGCUGGAUCUUGGUCUGAAGGGAGACCUCACGAUCUCUUCCAGUAUGGAGACUCUGCAGUCGGCCCUGUUCAGUGAUUCUGUCCCAGGCUCUUGGGCUCGACUGGCUUAUCCCUCUACUAAAACACUUGCACAAUGGUUUGGUGAUUUGAUAAUCAGCUGCCAUGAGCUGGACAGCUGGACUCAGGACUUUGUUCUCCCGGCAGUUGUUUGGCUCCCAGGUCUCUUCAAUCCUCAGUCCUUUCUCACAGCUGUGCUGCAGAGCAUCGCACGGAAGAAUCAGUGGCCUCUGGAUAAGAUGACUCUGACUGUGGAUGUGACAAAAAAGACGAAAGACGACUUUGGACAUCCGCCGCGGGAGGGAGCCUACAUCCACGGACUGUUCAUGGAAGGAGCAUGCUGGGACACUCAGGAUGGCAUUAUCUCGGAGGCGGUUUUGAGGGAUCUGACCCCGGCCAUGCCAGUGCUGUACGUUAGAGCUGUGCCCGCGGAGGAGCAGGAACUCGAAGGUACUUACGAGUGUCCGGUGUACCGCACUAAGCAGCGCGGGUCCACGUAUGUGUGGACGCUCCACCUCCGAACCAAACAGCCUCCUGCGAAAUGGAUUGUUGCCGGCGUGGCUCUGCUGCUGUCUGUGUGAGACGUCAUGUGUGGCAGGCAGUGAGUCCCUCAGAGUUUCAUACAUACACAGUAUAUAAAACUGGAUUUAGACUCUGGGUGUAGAAAAUGAAGCCAAUGUGGAAUUGCGUGAAACCGAUGUUCACUUGAAUGACCAGCAGAGGGCGACUGCACUGGUCAGUUUCUAUCGAAGUCUGAGAAAAUAACCCGACUUCAAGCAUUGACCAAAGUGUCACAAUUGCCCCCUGGUGGCUGGCUAAAAUGUAUCAUCAACUCCUCCAUGUUAGUGGAUGGGACAUGGACCAAACGAAAAAGUCAAAGUACAUGUCUAAUACAUUAGAGAUAGUUCUUAUCCCACAUGUAUGAUAUUCAAGUGUUGUUUUUUCUGGUAGGUUUCAUUUGAAAUGAGUUAUUUGAUGCUAUGAAAAUGAGGUGAAAGGUCAUGACGGACAGCUGAGACUGACCCAGGAUUGGUCUUGGCAAGACCUUGCUGCUAUGACUCCCCCCCCGAUCACUACUGGAAGGUUCUGGCUUGACAUGCAGCGUUUGUAUCAGGGAUAUUUUGGCUUCAUUCUGGAUAGUGGGAGGAAGCAGAGACGCAUCGUCCAUCUUUAAAAUCCAAACUCAGUGUGAUUUUCUUCAGUAUUUACCAACAGUAUUCUGAUAUAAAGUUUUUUUAUAUAUAUUAAAAACAAGGAUGUUAUAAAAAUAGUCAUUUUUAAACAGAAUUGAAUUAUGUAUUAGAAAAAAGUU